UUUUGAGGAGCCCAAGCCUGGAUAUGGCUUCCCCCACAAAUGUCGGGCUCAGACGGAGUGGCCAGAUUGAAGGUGUCCGUCAGAUGCACCACAAUGCUCCUAGAAGUCAGAUGGCCACAGAGAGAGAUCUCAUGGCAUGGAGUAGGAGAGUAGUAGUAAAUGAGCUGCCUCCUGGACUUAGCAGAGUUCAGGAAGAAUGCCGAGCAGCCAAAGGUGAAUUGGAAAUCCACCUGUAUACCCUUGAAAAGAAGAGGAAGCCAUCCUAUACUUUGCAGAGGGUGAGGAAUGUUUUCAAAAAGGGGAAUAUAUUUUUUCCAGGCACAGACCUUCUGAGAAUAUCAGCAUUAAUGUGGGAGGUACGAUACAUUGAACAUAACGCAAGGACUUUCAAUGAGCCCGAAAGCCCUAUUGUCAAAGCAGCCAAAAUCGUCACCGAUGUUUUACUGCACUACAUUGGGGAUCAGAGUUGUACAGAUAUUCUGGAGAUCUACAACAAAGUGAAAGCAGAAGACUUGAGUAGCACAGAGGAAGAAGAGCAGUUUUUUCUUAUUAUUUCUUUCUGUGACAAUUCCAGUGAUUCGUCUAGUGAAUAUUCUGACUGGACCGCCGACGCUGGGAUCAAUCUCCAACCUCCGAAAAGACAGACAAGACAAAUGGCUCGCCAGAUCAGCAGCAGCUCUGAGGAUGAGCAUGUCAAAGAGACAAAAGGACAGGAAGAGAAGCGCAAGAAACCCAAACAGACUCGGAAAAAGAAACCCAGUGGAUUGCUGUCCAUGGAUGCUGAACCUACAGAAGAAUGGUUUGCUCCUCACUGGAUCUUGGAUACCAUCCCACGGCGUUCUCCUUUUGUCCCUCAAAUGGGAGACGAGAUAAUCUAUUUCAGGCAAGGGCACGAAGCUUACGUGCGGGCAAUUCGGAAAGCAAAAAUUUAUAGUGUUAACAUACAAAAGCAGCCAUGGAAUAAAAUGGAACUCAGGGAACAAGAAUUUGUGAAGAUUGUGGGAAUUAAGUAUGAAGUUGGACCACCUACGCUGUGCUGCUUGAAGCUUGCCUUUCUUGACCCCAUCUCGGGCAAAAUGACAGGGGAAUCGUUUUCCAUAAAGUAUCAUGACAUGCCUGACGUCAUUGACUUCCUUGUGUUGCAUCAAUUUUACAAUGAAGCCAAAGAAAGAAACUGGCAGAUCGGGGAUAGAUUUCGUAGCAUAAUUGAUGAUGCGUGGUGGUUUGGAACCGUUGAGAGUCAACAGCCAUUCCAAGCGGAAUAUCCAGACAGUUCCUUCCAGUGCUACAGUGUUCACUGGGACAACAAUGAAAGAGAAAAUAUGAGCCCCUGGGACAUGGAACCAAUUCCAGAAGGAAUUGAUCAGCCUAAAGAACUGGGAGCAAGUGUUUCUGUAACUGCUGAAGAGAUGGCAAAACUACUGUAUAAACCUCAAAAGGGAGAAUGGCAGGGGAAUUCGCAGAGUGAAGAGUGUGAACGAAUUAUUUCUGGAAUUCAACAACUUUUGAGACUUGAUAUUUCAGCAGCUUUUGCUGGUCCAGUUGAUCUCUAUACAUAUCCAAAAUACAGUACAGUAGUAGCUUAUCCAACAGAUCUUUGGACUAUUCAGCUGAGACUGACGAAUCGUUUCUACAGAGAUAUUCCAGAUCAGCCUUCUGAAAAGCCUCUGACGAACGGGGAUGGGAAGGAAUCUCGGACAGGAGUCAAGAGAAAGAUUUCCAGUGCCUCCGAAGAGGAAGACGAGGGCAGCCAAGAGACGAGGGAACCAAAAGAUAAGGCCGAUUUAUCGUCCGAAAGCGGAGACUCCCAUUCGGGUUCCAGUUCCGAAAGCAGAGCUGGCUCCGACUCAGAUUCGGACUCCAGCUCUAGGACAGAUCAAGACUACAUCGAUGGAGACCACGACUACAGCAAAUCCGUACAAGUGAAGCCGAAAAGGAAGAUCCGGAGGAACCUUCCCAGCAGGAGGAGAAAAAAUUGGCAGGGCAGGGGGACCGGAAGGCGAGGGCGCUGGGGCCGGUGGGGGCGGUGGAACCGAGGGGGCCGAGGGGGCCGGGGAGGAAGAGGAUGCAGCCAGGGACGAAGAGGAGGCCGAGGAGGAAGACGAGGCCGAGGGAGAGGAGCCUCACGGGCCAAGCGCCCCCGCAUGGCUGAGGACGAGUUCGAGAAUCUUUUCGGCGGACGCUUCAACGAGAACGCCUUUAGCGGGCGUUUCGGCCGCCCUCCCCGGAUUAAAACCCGGAACGAAGGCCGGCGGACCGUUUUGUACAAUGACGAUUCGGACAAUGACACUUUCGUGCAUACCGAGGAUCCCCUGAACCUUGGCACUUCCAGGUCGGGCAGGGUACGGAAAAUGACCGAGAAAGCCAGGGUUAGCCAUCUCAUGGGAUGGAAUUAUUGACCUCGACACAGCGGUGGUGGGGGCGGCGGCGGUGGCGGGGUAUUGGCGGUGUGGGCAGUGGAGGAGAAAGACCUGCAGAGUGGGGUUAGGACUUCCAAGGCUUUUUAAUUGCAGGGAUUUCACGCCAGAAAAUCAGCUAAGCAAAUUGUGGGGGAGGGAAACAGUUGAUUCCCAAACCCUCACCUCCCCCUGGUGCUUUUUCAUAUGGUUUUCAUGUGUUUGGAGACUUCUGCUUUCUGGCCAAUGCGGGCUAUGAAAGUCUUCUUUGCACAUCCUAUUACCUGCAGAAAUGCUUUUUUUUAAAAAAAAAUCACACUAAACCUCUUUGAGUUGGUCACAGGACUUGUGCUUACGAAGUCUCUCCUUGUUGCUUUCUUUCUCCCCCCCCCCUUUGUGUGUGUGUGUGUGUGUGUGUGUGUGUUAUAGAAGCAGCACCUUCUUACCAAGAAUUUUUUUAAAAAACAUGGUCUGCCAUGAACUUCCUUACUUCUCAUAAUAACUUUUUGCACAAUACACAAGAUCCUAAAAGGCAGCUAUAAAAUGUUUACAGUUUUCUCUGUUGUGCGCAGGAUCCGGAUUGCUUUUGAUCUCCCCACCCCCACCCACCCACGCAGGCCAAAUGUUCAUGAAUUUGUGAUUGAUACUGAAAUAUAUCCCCAUGCGGAUCUCCUGAUAUGCUUUGUUCCCUCUUUCCUCCCCCUCCCGGGUUGGUUUUUAAUGUUUAAUUUAUGUUUUAAAAGGGAGGGUGGGUGGUACCUUGUACAUAAUGUAGCAAAUCGAAGAUGUGAGAUGUUUUAACACCUACAUUCAUGUUAUUAGGAACAACAUACUUGAGAACUAGGAUUAUCUAAGAUACAACAGGUGCCAAAACGCAGAAAUACCCUCACAUCUGGGUUUUUUUCCUUCUUUUUUUUCUGCUGCCCUUGUAUUUUUAUACCCUGU